UCGUACUCACAACCAAAGAUCUUCUCUCUCUCUCUCUCUCUCUCUCUCUCUAUAUAUAUAUAUAUAUACUUCUCUCCAGCUUUUUGGGUUUCAAGUUUCCGAGUGUUACAAUGGCAGUUUCAAAGGUUUUCUCGAUGUUGAUGGUGGCAUUGCUGUUGGGAUCCGCGGCUGCGCAUUCGCCUUCCUCCGCACCGUCCCCGUCUCCUGUAGCCUCAGCACCCCAUUCCGGUUAUCUUGCACCGUCUCCUGUGUCGAAGCCGCCGAGUCACUCUCCAUGGUCAAGUCCUACGCACGCUCCGGGAAAGUCCACCACUCCACCGCCCUCAUCUCCUCCGGUUGCGGUCAAGUCCCCUCCUCCACCGCCGUCAGCCGCAUCUCCCGCUCCUUCCGUCGCAUUACCCCCGACCACCGCUCCAACGCCUUCUCCAAACGGCGCCAUUCUCAACAGAGUAGGCUUCGCAGUCGUCGCCGCUGGCUUCUUCGCCGUCGCUUUGGUGGCGUGAUCGGUCGGAUAGUUGGCUUUCCUGCCUACUUUAUUGAGUCUUUUUUCGGUUUCUUAUUUCUAAUAUAUUAUCAUUAACAGAGAGACACUUGAGUUUCAUAGGGGGGUGUCUGAUUGUUAUCCCUAUUAACUCCUUUGUGCGUUCGUGUGUGUGUGUGUGUCUGUAGGGGGCUGAUCUAUUAUUUAAUAUUUAUUUUUUCAGAUCAUUUGAUGUGCUGAAUCA